AUUAAGCUUACUUCUGUCCUCUAUGGGCGCUCAGCGUCUUACCUCUUCCCCUCACCUCCGUCCUCACUUUCAUACUAACUCUUCGUUAUUCUUCGCUAAUUACACACCUACACCAUGGGUAAUGAUGGAGGAAGUAUUCCAGACCGAAGAGAUUUGGUCAGGAACAAACCAAAGGCUGAGCAGGCUGAUAAAGCUAACCAAACUCGCGCACGCUGGCUCUUCUGCGCAUUGUCCAAGAACAAGCUACAGGAUCCCGUUGUCUCUUGUGCAUUAGGCCGGUUAUACAACAAGGUUGCUUUGAUAGAGUUCUUGUUAGACAAAUCGUCCUUUGGUGAUGGUGAGGCAAUAUGUGGGCAUAUCCGGUCUUUAAAGGAUGUAAAGACCCUAAAACUCACGCCCAACUCGAUAAAGACACCUCCAUCCUCUGAUUCUAAUGCCGAAGUCGCACCCUUCGUUUGUCCACUCAACUUCAAGGAGAUGAAUGGUUCACAGCCGUUCGUCUAUCUUUGGACAUGUGGAUGUGUUUUCUCUCAGGCCGGUCUCAAGGCCGUUUCUCGAACACCGCCGUCACGAGAACACCUGGGAAUCCUCAACGAAGACGUAAAGGGGAAGCAGAAAGAGCACGAGGGCGAAGCCGAAGCAGAGAAACAGUUGGAUCUUUGCCCUCAGUGUGGUACAAAAUACGACAAAACGGGAGACAUCAUCCUCCUGAACCCUCCGCUCGAGGAAGAGGAGAGGAUGCGACUGGCGAUGGAGCGAAGGCGGGCAUCAGAGCCAAAGACAAAAGGAAAGAAGAGGAAACAUGCCCCAACUGUAUCUGAAACUGAGCCACCGACGAAGAAGAAACAUUCUUCUGCGUCACCCGCUCCGAGUCUCAACCCUAAUAUCGCUGCAACAAGUCGGGCUGUUGCGAAUACCCUUGUAGGGGAGGAGGCGAAGAGGAGGGCCAACAUGAGUGAGGCUGUCAAGAGUUUAUAUACCCCGAAGGGUGGCCUUCAGAGAAAGGAGACAUUCAUGACUAUGGGUACCUUCACUAGGUACGCUUAAUGGGAUUACCGUUUUCUCAUUCGUUGUAGCUCUAUUCCUCUGGGACAUUCAGGUGCUGUAUUCAUACGUGUAAUAUAUAUCUUUAUUUUCAUUACGCACGAACAGGAAAGUAUGCCCUAUUUCUCAUCCGCACCGACACCUAUAACAAUAUCAAGGUAUAUACCAGUCCGUAAGCAUGCCACCAGUUAG